AUGGAUUUCACGAUCUCGCUUGCACACUUCUGCGAGGUCCACGGUCCGACGUCCAUCAUCUGCACGCAGGCCUCGACGGCGCCAUGUGCCUCCUGCAACCCAUGCGUGACGCCGCCCACCGACGAGCCGCACUCGUCCUACUCCAGCUUCGGCCUCUAUGACCAGCCCUCGACGCUGCGCAUGGGCCGCCCGCCCAAGCUGUCGCCGUUCGAGACACCGCCCACGAGCCCCCGGUCGCCCUCGCACAACCCUUACUUCCCCAGCCUCUCCUCGUCCGACAGCAGCUUCGGCGGCCGCCGCCCCAGCAGCAGCUUCGAGUCCGACGCCGACUCGUGCGAGAACUGCCAGAUGGUCGUCCCCAAGAAGUUUUGCGACAAGCUGCCCACCGGCGCCCCCGGCAGCCCUUGCAAGGACGGCCGCGGCCGCAACGGCAGCCCGGUCCUGCGCAGCUCGCAGAACUUCGCGGUCCGCGGCCCCUACCUCGGCGACGACGCCAGCAGCACCCACUCGUCUGAGAUGUCCGACACCGAGCAGUCCAAGUCGUUCGAGAGCAGCGCCAGCUCCUUCCCCAGUUCUAUUCCGCCCUCGCCCCUGGUCAACUCGAGGAGCACACACACACACACCCUGACCUACAUCUCUACCAACCAGCCUCAGUCACCAACCACAUAUUCCUCCUUGAAGCGCACAUGCAUGCGCACACUCUCCACAGAGGUCCUCCCACGCGGCAAUUCGUCAGGCGCCAUCAUGUUCGGAGACCCCGUUGCUGGCUACACCAUUGCCUACAUCUUCCGGAUCCAGGACUCGAGAGCUCGCGGAUCGAUCAAGCACUACGCCCUCAUCGCCAUGGUCGGACGCGACUGCCGCAAGGCCACCAAGGCCAUGGUCAAGGUCACCGAAGUCUUCCAGGGCAUUGCAAACCGCAUCACUGCUCUGGCGGAGAAAGUAGAGCGCGAGUCACGCCCUACCUCUGCUCUGGCCGACACCCCCCCACUGGGCACCUCCGCUUCCUCGAUGCCGCCCAUGUUUGCCUCACCGCAGAAGGACCGAAACCUCUCGUCCACGGCCAGUUCGCCCACAACACGGAACAUCACCCCCGUAUCGUCUUUCCUAUCCGCAAAGAGGAUUGAUCCGGACGGCUUCUCUCGCACAUCACGCGAGGCAGGAAGACCCAAGAGCCUGGCUGAGAUUGUCGGCCAGGAGAACUUCUUCGUCGAGCUGCACCGCGACUUCUGCCAGCUGUUGCACUUCCUCAUCAAGCAUUUCGCUUGA